AUGGCGUAUGACAAGAUGCAUCUGAGUGUUGGCACAGUUCGUUGUGCCAACGAGAGAAGACAGUAUGGUGCUCUACUGAUGGUGUCAGGGAUUGUGGCAGUAAUUGCACCACUGGGCGGAAUAGUCACAUCCAUGAGCACAAAUGGCUUACCAGAUGCAGUCAGAGACCCUGGCUCGACCGAGUGCUGGUCUUUUGUGGGGUUAUGCUGCUUCUUUGCCAUUGGGGUCUCCUCCGUCGUCACGGGAUUUGCAGAGUGUGUCCAUGAUAUCGGUACCACAAGAGUGACUUUCUGGACCAUUCUGCUCACUCAGACAGCCUAUAUUCCAUUCAUUACCGAAAUGGCGAUUAUAGGACAGGGUGCUAGAAAGGAUAAUAGUACCCCGGCCUUUUGGAAUGUGAUUGAUGUUGUUCCCGGGCUGGAAACCUCAAGUGAGAUAACUGGCACGGAUGUCAGAUUCAUUGCGGCAAUGGGCAUAUUUGGUGUGGCAUCCUAUAUGUUUGCCUUUGUGGGCCAGAUUGCCUUUAUGCAGUUUUCACUUUAUGCCUUUUACAAUGCCGUACCAGAAGACAGACAUUCCGGGUACUUUGCUGGAAGAUUAAGUUUUUACUCUCUUGUGCUUUGCGUGGCUGGCAUCAGUCAGUUGAUGCUUGGAAGCUAUCUCUUGACAAACUUUGACAUUGACAAUGGAAGGCUAUCCGGUGGGUAUAUUUCAGUUGGUAUUUACACAAUACUCUACCCCUCCAUGUCCAUGGCAGUCGGAGGGCUGCAGGUUAUUAAUGGACUCUGGGGUUUUGCCAGGUCACUGGACGUGGCACAUGGAGGACCAAAUGAUAUACUGUACGGGUGGUCCAUGGCAUUUCAGUGGGUGGUCAUGCUGGUGGUGCAGGUCAUUGUGCAAAUUGGAUAUCUUCCUGGAGGCACCAUGGCUUCGUCAGCCCCGUUUCUGGCAGCCAUGAGCUUUUCACUCAACCUGAUGCCUACGUAUCUCGACUACAAAAUGAGAAACACAUUACAAGACAUACCAAUCGACUAUUAUGGCUGCUCCGAUGAAUACGAACAAGAGCACACAGGGAUAACGUUGCAGUAG